UCAGUACAAAACUACAUGUGUGGAUGUCAACAAAAGCGCUGGAAGAAGGGGAAACAACAAUGGUGUUUGUCUGAAACUAUUCAUUUAUAACUGUAUAAAUGAAAGGCAUAAUGGGAAGAUGCCACAUUUAAAGGAGCUGUAUUUCUGUCUCCUUGGCAACCAGUUGUUAAAGUGAUCACCAGGAUCGAAUGUAGCAGAAAGUUUGCUGAUUGUGAGCGAAACUAGUCCUUCAACCAUGGCUACACCAACUUUAUCACAUGAUGCAAAACAUGAAGAUGUCAUAAACAAGCAAGAAAUAACACUCGGUGAAGACGAGGUUGUGCCCGUCGAACAAAUUCAAACGGACUCUCCGUUGAGGACAAUUAGCGACGCAGACAUCAUGCAGAAUGUCUCUUUAAGUAUUGAUUUGGUCAAGGUUGAAGGAGAGGACAUCGAAGAAAGAACUUCCAACGACACGAUGAGAAUUUUAAAUGCUGAGAAACUAUCUCCUGAAGUCGAUCUCGGACAGCAAAGUCAAGACUUAAAUAAAGAAGAGACUCAGGGUGAUGUCAUUAUUGAUGUUCCGUCAACCGACACAUCUCAGAUUGGGUCUCAUGUUGACAAUGUUACCACGGAAACAGUCACUCAGGAUAACAGAACACAAGAUGAUGAGCGGUCAGCUUUCACAUCUCAGAUGGGGCCUAAAGUUGAUAGUGUUACCAUGGAAACAUUCGUUCAGGAUAACAGAACACAAGAUGAUGAGCCGUCAACUGACACAUCUCAGAUGGGGCCUCAAGUCGAUAGUGUUACCAUGGAAGCAGUCGUUCAGGAUAACAGAACACAAGAUGAUGAGCCGUCAACUGACACAUCUCAGACGGGGCCUCAAGUUGAUAGUGUUACCAUGGAAACAGUGAUUCAAGACGGUGGUCAAGAAGAGAUGAAUGUUGCUGAAGAACAGUAUUUAGUAAGUCUGGAUUUUAAGCAAGUUCCGUAUCAGCUUACAGGUGCUUGGCAGGAAUUCCAGCAUUCUGCUUCAAACUUCCUCAAAGGAUGCAAAUGGUCACCAGAUGGGUCCUGCUUAGUAACCAAUAGCGACGACAACAUCCUUCGCCUCUUCAAUCUACCACCAGAAGUUUACUCCUCAACCUGGCAAGAUGGUAAUAUACCCGAGAUGACCUCGGUGUUGAAUAUUCAUGAAGGGGAACUCAUCUAUGAUUACGCAUGGUUCCCAGGGAUGAGGUCUUAUGAACCAGAGACAUGCAGUUUAGCAAGUUGCUGUCGUGAUCACCCAGUUCAUUUAUGGGAUGCAUUCACUGGUGAACUCCGCUCUACCUACAAGCCACAUAACCAUUUGGAUGAGCUGACCACACCUUACUCCUUGGCGUUCUCCUUGGAUGGAAGUAAACUCUAUUGUGGCUUCAAUAAGAUGAUCAGGAUAUUCUAUACAGACAGACCGGGACAGACAUGUGAGGAGAGACCAACGCGAGUUAAGCACGCCGGUGGUCAGACUGGGAUUAUCUCUUGUUUUGCGAUGAGCCCUGAUGGAUGUUACGCUGCUGGCUCCUACACUAAAUCAAUUGGUCUUUACGAUGAGCGGAACGGUUCCCUGCUCUGUAUGGUAGAAGGACAAGUAGGAGGAGUAACACAUCUCAUAUUCUCACCAGAUGGCACCAGACUAUACAGUGGAGGGAGGAAGGACCAUGAGAUUCUUUGUUGGGACAUCCGUAAUCCUGGUAAAGUUUUAUUCGCUAUAAACCGUGACAUCACAACCAAUCAGAGGAUGUACUUUGAUCUAGACAGCUCCGGCCAGUACUUAGUAUCCGGUAACCAGGAUGGAACGGUCACCAUAUGGGACACAUCCCAACCGCCGUCCUCUGAGGGGUCAUCUGAGGACAGUAUUCUUGACCCUAUACUACGCUUCACUGCCCACAGUGAUACCGUUAAUGGAGUGAGUUUAAAUCCAGCUUUACCGAUUAUGGCCACAGCAUCUGGUCAGAGAAAGUUUCCCGUUCCCAUGGCAACUAGUGAUAGUGAUGAUGAGGAGAAUGAAACAGUCGCUGAUGACGAGAAAGAAGACAACUCCUUGAGACUUUGGUAUCUUAUGUCGUCAAGUUGAUCAGUUACUAAGUAAACAACAACUGACAAUAACCAAAGGUGUACAGUGCCUUUAAGAUGGUGCUCAUGCAUAUGGCCUAUUCUAUUUUAGUCCUGCGAUGGGUUCGAAUUUUAAUAAUAAAAAUUAAUAAUAAAAAUUAAUAAUAAAAGACUUCUAGCUAGAAGUCUUUUAUUCC